CGAUGAGACGGUUACACACGAGCGGUACAGGCAGGCGCGCGAUCUCUACGUCAAAGCCAUGGAGUUGGCGGGUAAUUUGGUGGAUCACAAAGAGAAAGAAGAUUGGCUCUUUGGUAUUGGACUAGCCAACUUUAAAAUGUUCAGCAUCCCGGCGACCAUGUCGGCUGAGGCAAGGAAGGCAGCGUUGGACUUAGCUGUCAAAAACUUCCAAGCCAUACUGACCAGCGCACAAGCGGAUAACGCAAUGAAGUGCGAUGCAUGGUUUGAGUUAGCCCGGACUGUCGAUAAAGCACACAAGUUGCGGCCAAAAAUAACGGUCGAAAAUCUAACUCAACAGGCAUGUCUGGAUAAGGCACUUGAGGUGUCCCCAGAUAAUUCCAUGGAGGCGCGCAUUCUAGCUCGUAAAGCGUCUAUUUGUUAUUAUGCUUACCCCAGAAAUGGCUUUCAAGAGGCCAUACAUUUGCUAAAAAGGUCCAUCGAACUCGACAGUUCCAAGAUCAAUUUUUCUGCCUACUCCAAGCGGGCAAAUAUCUACGUAAAUGAGUACAAAAGCAGCCAUAACGUUGAUCUCCUGCAUAGUGCGCGAGCUGACCUUGAGCACAUCUUGAAGGAACAUGUUUCUCCAUUGGAUUUUGAAAUGCUGGCAAAGGUGUAUUUCUAUUUGGCAAAAAGCACCACCCAAGAAGAAGAAUCCAAGGCAUACAUCCGGAAGGCUCUCCAGAACUGCACGAACGGCGAGGAAUGUCACGACGGCAAAAAUAUAGUCAGCCUCCAAAAGCUCCGAGAACAAAUUCAGAGUUUCGACGGGCACCGGGGCUGCUACGGAGAGCACCGCUGGGGACAGCGCAGCUGGUACCGUCAACCUCGCACCACUCAUCACUGCAUGCAGUCGGCCGGCCGGGGAGCGACACACUCCGGCCAUAGCCCAACCAGCGCCCGCCCAAGCGGUGGAUGUCCCGGAGGGCAGUUUUAGCGGGGAUCCAGCUGCGCCCGGCGGAGGCCCUUCAAGUGGUGAACCGUUUCCGUGCACUAGCACCGAAGGCGGACAUACCAAUGACGCCGAUCGCCAAUCUUCUCCAAGUGUAAUACAAGGUGAGAUCAACCGCCUAUUACUAGCUGCAUCGGCAUCAAAUACUCAUAAGACAUAUCAGACUGGCUGACGGGCGUUUUGUUCAUUUCGAUGCCAACAAAUUGAUGCCUGUUCUCCGUCCUCGCCUGCUGAUG